AUGUCCCUUCUGCGUGAAGCUGAAAGAUGUCUUGCUAACCAGAAGACAUACGCCAACCUCAAUGCAUUCGUCACUCCGCUGCGCAAUGCAGGAACAUGGCGAGACCGGGUGUCAGUUGCGGAGACCCGGAGAGAGACAGGGACUGUGAAAUCGCCGUUAGAUGGCAAACUUGUUGCAGUUAAAGAUAAUAUCUGCACCCGCGAUAUGCCAACCACAUGUGCCUCGAGAAUCCUUGAAACAUAUACCAGUCCUUUCAAUGCGACCGUAGUAGAAUCCCUUGAGAGGGCUGGCGCAAUAGUCGCGGGGAAAACAAACCUAGAUGAAUUUGGCAUGGGGUCACAUUCAAUGCAUUCGCAUUUCGGACCAGUGGGCAACGUGGUGGCCGCUGGAAAAGAGCCAAUCUCUCCUGGCGGGAGUUCUGGAGGAAGUGCUAUCGCAGUUGCAACUGGACAAUGUUAUGCCGCACUGGGAACGGACACGGGCGGCUCCGUACGCCUUCCUGCAGCAUACACAGGAACAAUUGGCUUCAAGCCAUCAUACGGCCUCAUUUCAAGAUGGGGUGUGGUGGCCUAUGCAAAUUCUCUAGACACCGUGGGUGUCCUUGGGUCAAAAAUUUCCACUAUCCGCAGUGUUUUUAAAAUAAUAAAUCACCCAGAUUUUCAUGACCCCACCAACCUUCAACCAAGCACCCGCGCCCGCCUCACCUCCGCCAUCCACAAAGCUUCAAGCCUACGUUCCUACCCUACCAUUCGCAUCGGUAUCCCAACCGAAUAUAAUAUACACGAACUCUCCCCAGCCGUCCGCACAGCCUGGCAGCGAACUAUAGCCUACCUCAAAAACCAAGGCCACACAAUCCACCCAGUUUCCCUUCCAACCACCAAACAAGCGCUGGCCGCCUACUACGUCCUAGCCCCCGCUGAAGCAUCCUCGAACCUAGCCCGGUACGACGGGGUGCGAUACGGGACCCGCGACACGAAUGCGCCUGAUAAUGCCGGACCGGGCGGGUAUCUGUAUGCCAACACGCGCGGAAACGGGUUUGGCAGCGAGGUUAAACGGCGCAUUUUGCUCGGGGCAUUCUCGCUCAGCGCGGAUGCAAUUAAUAAUUAUUUCCUACAGGCGCAGAGGGUUCGGAGACUUGUUCAAACUGACUUUGAGAAUGUAUUUGCGUUUGGGAAUCCGCUACUGCCCGCUGUGGGUGGCGGGGUAGGGAAGACGAAUGCUCGCAGAAAAUAUGCCGUUGAUGUCCUCGUCGUACCCACUGCGCCGACCUUGCCGCCGACCAUCGAGUCGUUGAAGCGUGCGACGCCGGUAGAGACUUACAUGAAUGAUGUCUUCACUGUUCCGGCGAGUUUGGCGGGGCUGCCGGCACUGAGUGUACCAGUUCAGAUUCAAGGCUUCAAUAAUAUCAAUGACGGGGAGUCAGGAGAGGAUGGAGUUGGGGUCAGGUCUGUGGGUAUUCAGGUGAUCGGGCAGUUUGGGGACGAUGAAUUUGUGCUAGAUAUUGGGGAGAUAUUGGAAGGGAUGAACUCAAAGUAG